AUGAAGAAGUGGUUCUACCUCGCGAUAACGUUAAUAGCCGUAUCAUUGCCCUACUACUGGUAUUUGGGUAUUGACUUCAGUAAAGGAGUGAAUUGGGUCGUCGAUGGCGGCGCAGCAGAGGCGGCAAAGGACAAGGCGGCGGCGCUCGGCCUCGACCAGCGGCGGAGGCUCGCGGCGGCGCUGCGAGAGGUGCAGAGCGAGGUGGCCAGACUCGCCGGCACCAAGGCAGUGGUAGACUCCAAGUGGGUUCUUCGUCUGGAGUCGCUUGCAGCCCAGUUAGACCCCAGGGACGCCUUGUCAAGACCCCACAAGGCCUGGGACUUCUCUGCUUGGCUGCCCAACACGCCGCGACCGAAUGCCAGUGCGCAGGGGGAGCGGCACGUGUGCGCGGAGGUGUAUUUGGGCAACAAGUACGACUGGCCCCUUUACCAGCAUGGGAUGGAGCAGGAACAGUGCGACGAAGUCCCGCCCUUCAGCUCUGUCCUGACGGCGGUUCUCCCUGCGAAGUCUUGGCCAGACGAUGUCCUCGAGUUGGUUCUUGCGCAGAUCAAGGAGCUCUAUGAGAUCCCUGUGGUCGUUCUGGUGCGGGAGGGAGGAGGCAGAGCGGCCAACGAGAGCCAGGUGAGCUACGUAGAGAUGGACAGCGGCCUCUCGGACUCUGAGAAUCUCAACGCCGCCGUAUCAAAGGUUGCCACGCCCUUCGUGCUGCUGGGGGAGUCGCUGGCGCACUUCAACAACCAGUCGUCGCUGGAGCGCCUCGUGCGGGUGCUUGACGACCUGGACCACGUGCAGGUGGCCGGGGGCGCCGCCAGGGACACGCGCGGCCACUGGAGCCACGGCUGUCUGCAGCAGCACAUGGCCAACUACCAGGCCAAGGUACACACUGGGCUACUACCACUCCAAGUACGAGUGCAUGUACUGCGACGACCUCCUCACCCCCUUCGUCACGAGAACCAAGCUGCUUCAGUCGCUCGCCUUCAGUGCCGGUCUCAGUGGACAGGCUGUGUACCGAGACUGGUUCGCCAAGGUACGCGGCGCAGGCCACCUGGCCGUGCUCUGCCCCUGACGUCAUGUUCUUCCUCGACAGCCACGUCAACAUGA